GUCCGCUGGAGCAGAGCUUUAAAUUACACGCUCAGACGUAUUUCAGCUAUUGGCACGCGUAGACGCGACUGUUUUUUCUGUCUGACCAGCCCAAAAAAAAACCCUCUCUUCACACUUCUCGCGUUCCUCCAGAGAAAGAGAAAUCGUACGUGGUAGAUGCCCAAUUUGAAUGCCAAAUUAAAUACCAUGAACGCCGCCGCUGAGCAAAAAGGUCCCCUCAUCGGCAUCCGCCAUCUGCAGGCGCUGCUCCUUUUCCUGGCAAUCGUCGCCAAUUACGUAGCGCGCCUGAAUGUCAGUGUGGCCGUGGUGGCCAUGACGGAUGCCGCCACCACCAAUCCCGACUUUCCGGAGUACGAUUGGACGGGGGCGCAGAAGUCAUAUGUGCUGUCCAGCUUCUACUGGGGCUAUAUUAUCACCCAGUUUCCGGCCGGGUUUCUGGUCAGACGCUUCGGGGCAAAGAGCGUGCUCUUCAUUCCCACCUUCGCGACAGCCAUCUUGAGUGCACUGACGCCCUACUGCAUCAGCUGGGGCGGCUGGAAGGCGUUCAGCGUGAUCCGGGUGGUGGCGGGUCUGUUCCAGGGCCUGAUCUUCCCUUGCAUCCACGAGCACCUGGCCAAGUGGUCACCGCCAGAAGAUCGUAACCGACUGGGCGUGUUUGCCUACUCGGGAGCGGACUGCGGCACGGUGGUGGCCAUGGCAAGCAGUGGCCUCAUUGCCAACAGCUCCAUGGGCUGGCCAGGCAUCUUUUACGUUUCCGCUGGCAUUUGCGCAGUGUGGUGCCUGCUCUGGCUGACCCUCGGCUCGAACAACGCUCCCAGCUCGCAUCUAAUCGGCUCCAGGGAGCGCGACUACAUAGAGCGCUCGAUGAGGCGGCAGGACGGAUUCCAUGCCAAGAAAAUUCCCAUUCCGUGGCGCGCCAUCUGGAGCUCGGUGCCGUUCUAUGCCCUGCUGAUCGUGCGCAGUGCUCAGGGCUGGGCCAACUCCACGAUGCAGCUGCAGACGCCCUCGUACAUGCACGGCGUCCUCGAGAUGGACAUCAAGAGCAAUGCCCUCUACUCGGCGCUGCCCUUCUUGGCCAUGUGGUGCAUGUCCUACGUGUAUCUGGUGUUCGCCGACGUCGCCAUGUCCCGCCAGUGGAUGUCACUCACCACGCUGCGCAAGUCCAUCAACACGAUGUCGUAUUGGGGCCCGGCAGCGGCGCUCAUUGGUAUUGGUUUCCUGGACAAGGACCAGACCAGCUUAGCCAUCACUCUGAUGACCAUCAAUGCGGGCCUGAACGCCGGCUCCGGCAUUGGCAGCAUUCUGACCAUCAUUGACAUGUCGCCCAAUCACUCCGGCAUGCUGAUGGCAAUUGUGAAUGGCAUUGGCAACAUAUUUCCGCUGCUCACUCCCCUGCUCGUGGGCGUCAUUGUCACCGAUAUGGGCUCGCGCAGUCAGUGGCAAAUUGUGUUUGGCAUGACAGCCGUUGUGUUCUUCUUCGGCAACUUGGUGUACAUCAUUUGGGGCACCACCGACCAGCAGGCCUGGGAUGCCGAGGACUACCUAAAGCCUAGCGCCUCAGAGUGCAUACGAAAUGGCCAUCAACUGGAGCAGAAUCAUACCACGGAAACGGAUAUAGACACAAAGACAACAUGAUUAGCUGUCACUGGUAUUUGGAUCUGAAUGGAUUCGACUGGGGGGACAGAGCCACGCGGCGUAUGCGCAAUGUGCAUGGAAUGGCUAGCGAAAAGUUGAUUUUUCCAGCGUUGAUUAAACGCAUUUUGGGGAAUUUUCUAGUUUCCCUUUGGCAUUCUAUUUUAAUUAAAAAUUCUCAAAACG